AUGGUGAACAUGGUCGUGCCGCACGAUGAGCUUAUGGAGCGGACGGAUGAACUCGUGCAGAAGCUGCUGCAGAACGCGCCGCUGCCAAUGCGCGCCAUCAAGGAGGUCGCUGUCAGGGGCCUCAGCAUGCGGCUGGAGGACAGGGUGCGGCUUGCGGGCAUCGUGAACCGGCGACUGCAGCGGACUGAUGACGCGCUAUGA